AUGGAGUUGGAUACACCUAUCCACAAUGCCAAGCCUUUACCUGAAUCUGAACGCAAGGCUAUUAUUGAAGCCUACCCUCCUAAGGCCCAUCUUGAUUAUAAGGCCCCCAAUACCAUUCCUUCAGCUGAACGUCUGAUGAAUCGUGAACAGAAGUACCAGGAUACUGCUAUCAAACAACUCCAGUACCUCUUGUCGGCCGCUUUCCGUCCAUUGGACAUCCUUACUAACGAGAUGUUUACAUAUGAAAGCGGCAAUCCCAACUUGGAACGUUACAGUGUCAUGCUACGGGACACUCGUCGUCUCCUCUUACAUGUUUGCUCCAUAAUGACUCAACAGCGUACUAAUAUUGCCCUUCGUGCUCACAACCCCGCCUACCGUUUGAACAACACUUCUGAAGUCAAUUAUACUCCUCCCUUGAAUGAGUUUCAGCAAACUCUUGUUCAACAACAUGCUGCUAUGAAGGCAACUCGUGAGGCUACUGUAACUCGUAGGCUACUGUCCAUCCUCGCAGCAGGGUGGUUUCAACAACAACACCAACAACCACAGCAACUUCAACAACAACAAUGCCAACAACAACCACAACAGCAAGACCAGCAACAACAACAACAGUUUCCGACAAAACAAGAAAAACAACAACCCUUUUCGUCAGUAACAGCAACAACAGCAACACCAUCCACAAUCGACCCAGUAGGAGGUCGGCUCAGCAAGUACUUUCAACACUGGACCAAUAUCACCAAAAAUUCAUUCGUUUUAAACACUGUUCAACACGGUUACUACAUCCCAUUCCACACAACACCGCCAACAACUACCACACCAACAUCCAUCACUCCCUUUUCAGCAGAACAAGCAACCCUUAUCGACCAAGCAAUUCAAGAUCUCCUAGCCAAAUCAGCAAUCGAACCGGUCUCACCCCAACAAGUGCAACAGCAACCAGGCUUCUACAGCUCCAUGAUCGUGAUCCCAAAGAAGAAUGGUGGUGUCCGCCCGGUCUUCAACCUCAAACGGCUCAACCAGUUUCUCGAGGCUCCUCACUUCAAAAUGGAAACCAUCAAGGAAGUAUCGUUAAUGAUCAAACCGAACGAUUACCUAGUUUCAAUCGAUCUGUCAGAUGCAUUUCUCGUAUGUCUCCAUCCAGAGUCCCGACGCUUCUUACGUCUCAAAUGGAGAAUUCAAGUCUACCAGUACUGUACGACCGCCUUUGGUUUGUCUUCCAGCCCCUUUGUGUUCACCAAAGUCUGCAGGUCCAUCUUAGAACACUUGCGCUCUCGCGGCUUCAGGAUCUCAACAUACUUAGACGACUGGCUUUUGAUUGCCAACUCAAGACAGCAGGCAGAGGCUCAGACUCGUCAGGUGGUAUCUCUCUUAGAAGACCUUGGAUGGCUCAUCAACUACAAGAAGUCAGUUCUUACUCCUACACAACAACUCGAACACCUAGGCUUUGUCUUGAAUACCCGGUGUUAA